AUGUCCUCCGGCAGCAUUUCAGGGAAAAGCCAGACGCCACCUAAAGCAUCUGUUGCUUUUACUGGAAGUGUACAACCAGAAGAGCCAGCUUUCAUGAAACCACCAAAUGAACAGGAGAACCAGGCAGAACAUAUAUGUGUGGCAUCUUCCAGCUCGGCUGUGCAAAGAGCCAAUGAGAUGCUGCAGGAUCUGGGGCGGCUUAAAAAUGAGAUGAGGAGUCUAAUGCAGACUGCUGAUGCGUUUCCUGUGCAGAAUGCCAAGUCGACCCAGAACAACAGGAGCAGCCAUCUCGCCACGGCCCCUCCUCCUUCCACAACCUCCAUCUCCGUGCCCCCAGAGCCGGUUGAUGCGAUUACCAUCAGGGCUGCUCCUUUAAACAGACCCAGCAUUCUGAAGAGCAUCCAGCCGCCCACAUCCAUGUUUGAGGAUGCAGGACUGGUCCUGAGGCAGGUGAGGCAGAGCAAGAAGGUUCUGGAAGAAAACCUGGAUGCCAUUUUGAGAGCCACAGAUGGAGAGGUGCUUCACACGCAGUUAGAGGCACUGUCGAAAAACAGAGAUGUCGGUGAAGAGCUGAGGAUAAAGAAGACAGUUGAUGCCUGGAUCAAUACACUCAGCAAGGAGAUUCAGGAUGAGCUGGCGAGGGAGAGCUCUGAGAGGAUUGUGGAGAGGAGCGAUGCUGCAGUCUCUAAAGUGGUGCAGCAGGGCCAGGGGAGCAGGAGCGGACGUGUGGCUGGUCCGAGAGGGGGAGGAAGAGGAAGAGGGGGAGGUGAAACCUCUGCGGCAGACAAGAAAACCUCUCUGAGAGGCUCGGUUAGAGCACAAGCAGAAAACACACUGGCACACAGCAAACAACCCGCUCUGUCUGUCAGAACCAGACCUGAAGGGAAGCGAGAGUCGGCUCAGCCGGUUGUGCUAAAAUCUCAGGAUGAUCAGGAGUAUCUGGCGAGGCUGUAUGGAAAACCCCUUUAUGAUGGUCAUCGACGAACGCUUAAAAAAAGCCCUUACCUUCGAUUCAACUCCCCCACGCUGAAAUCCAAACCGCACCGACCAAAAGUAGUAGAGGCUGUCAAAGGGGUGAAGAUGAAGUCAUCUAAAACCCAAACUAGCCAGUUUGGGGAUGUUGUUCCUGCGCUGCAGUCUUCAGUCUCUGAGCCCCAUUUCCUGUUCAGCCCCAGUGAUCCUGCCCAACAGCAGCAGCCUGGCUCUCCAGUGCGAGGUUACCUCAUUCCCAUGGCCAUACCUUUAGGUAAGCCCAGAGUGGACAGCCAGGCCCCGGUGCCUUCACGGGUCAUCAUUAGCGACAAACCAGCAACCGUAACAACCUCCUUCCCUCCCAUCACUGUUCCUGAACCCAAACCUGCUUCUGCUAUUCGGAAACCCAACACCAUCUUACUGGAGGUCCAGUCAAAACCGAAGAAACGGAUCCCACAGCUCCAAAUACAGGUCCAGCCUGGUGUGAACAUUGAGAGUGGUCUUUGCAGCCGGCCAGCUUCCUCUACGCCGUUGAUUCCAGCCGAAACCAUCCUUCCUUCACCUUCAACCCAUGCCGCCGAGGAACCGCAUGCUGGUGAAGAUCAGGAGGAAAAUAUCUUUCCCGGAACCAAUUUCUUGUCUGUAACCGACAUCAGCCAGGAAACACACGGUGGACUUCCAGACUCUCCUAUAGAGCUCAACGGGCUGCCGUCUCCUCCAGCUGCUCUGUAUCACGGCCCGGCCUUUCCUCCACAGCCUUCCCAGUCCACACCUCUGACCGAGCCCAUCCUGAGCACCAUCCAGCAUAGAGAAACCCUGGAGAACAGGCUGGUGAAUUGGGUGGAGCAACAGCUGAUGGCCAGAAUGAUCACUGGAAUGUUCCCUCAGCCCAUCCAGACUGAUCCAGCCAGCCAAUCAGAGCCAGAGAAUAGUGUGGCAUCAGACAUAGUGGAGGCCGCAGGUGGUGGUGGUCUUCAGUUGUUUGUGGACACAGGGGUACCAGUGGACUCUGAGCUCAUAAGACAGUGUGUAAAUGAAGUGCUGGCUGAAACCGUUGCAGUAAUGCUGGGACAGAGAGAGACACAGAGUGAACCCGUUGCCCCUGUCCAAACACAGGAUGCUCAGGAGAAGGUGACUGAGGUACCAACACCGGCACCCACUCCUGAGCCCAGUUCCAAAGACCCGCCGUCUCUUGUCAGAACCCCUGAUCUCUCCGAGCAUCUUUCUACAGCUCUGUCUCCCAAAGAAAACCAUGAGGGAUCUGCUUCACCAGGUCCAGGUAGAAUUCCUGUGGGCACACCGACUACCACACCAAUCCCAUCUCCCACCAGGGUGGCCACACCCUCUCCUCCUCCAGCCAAUCAGAGCCCAGAUUCAGCCAGCCUCCAGAAUCACCCAUGGGGAGGAACAGAGCUCCCCCUGGAGGAGGAAGAACCGCACAGCGAGAGGCAUGAACAGCCGUCAGCACCAGUUGUCAUGUCAGUAGUCCAAGAGGACGACGAGGAAGAAUCAGUCUUCCAUCCAUCUCCACCUCUCCCCUCCAAACCCACGACUCCCCCACCUCCUCUUCCUCCUGUGAGCCAGGAACCUCCUCCUGCCGCCACCCCUGAAUCCUCCUCCUCCUCAGAGGAGAGCAGCUCUAGUUCCAGUGUGACUGUCACUGAGACUGAGACGGCAGCCAAACACAUCUCAGAGGGAGAGCUGCUGCUCACUCACGGCCAGAUGGCGGCAGUCAGAGUUCUGGAUGAGGAAGGAGUCCUUCUGCCUAAUUUGAUGACCAGCAUGAAUGGUUCCCUGCACGGAGUCCAAGAUAUGGACUAUGAUCCGCCCAGUGAAGGUCAGGUGAUCGGAGCUCCACGCAUUCCUGCUCAUCAUGAUCCCAUCCUGUCUCUGUUGGCCAGAAUGGAACGCGGCCCUGUCAGCCAAUCACAGCAGCCAGAGAAAUGGUGGGAGGAGGAGAGCAGUGGAGAGGUCAGUGAGGGUCAGAGACCACUUCUGACGACCGCAGCGGAGAUUGUGCUGACCGGACACUCACUCGUGGAUCCGCAGAGACUCACACAGCACAGAUCCACAGAGAUCUCACCCCACGCCACACUCACAUCUCCUGGACAAGUGCUCGCCGACCACACGGGUGCUGUGGUUGAAGACACUGGGCUGUCAGUGAACCUCAGGUCAUCUGAGGAACAGAAGGAAGAUGAGGUUUAUCAUCAUGUGAUGACUGUCUCCUCUCAGCUGCAGGACACACAAAAUCAGAGCUCUCAGACGGCACAGGCGGUCCACAGACCUACACCAAUCCUGGUGAGGCAGUAUGAAGACAAAGAAGUACCAGUACUUAAGGCUUAUGCAGCCUACAAACUACCUGGAUUUUCAGUAAAACUUAAAAAAAAUUUUUUUAAUUGUAUUUAUUUUUUGGCGGUCCACAGACCUACACCAAUCCUGGUGAGGCAGUAUGAAGACAAAGAAGUACCAGAGUUGCCCAGGUUGAGGAGACUUUCAGAUGACACGUUUUUUGGGGACAACGAGAAAGGUGAAGACAUUUUUCUGCACACUGAAGGAGGAGGAAGUGAUGUCAGAGUGAUGUCGGUGAGGCUGCCGUCAGUCAAACAGGAUCAAGAGUCUGUCAGCCUCAGCUCUGUUGAAGGCGAUACAGACUCUUCUGCUAAUGAUGUGUUUUAACAGCGACGACCCUGUGAAACCGCUCUGACAGGAAACUGCUAAGUGCCUGAAAGGAAGGAGAUGUUCUCAGCCUUAAAUUAUUCACAUCACAGAAACUCAUAUUUGGAUGACAGUUAGUGCAAGAGAUACAAUGAACUUUCUCUAAUGUCGCUUGCAUCAAUGUUAAAUGAAACCAUAUGUGCUGUUGUUUGCUGUAUGACUGUACAUUUUUAUACAAAUAAAUUUGA